UCCAGGGUGAGAGGGCGGAGGUGAGAGUUGAGAAGGAUGGCGGCGCCGACAGGAGGAAUGCCAGGCUUGAACUCACUGGGGGCGGCGGAAGCGAUGUCAGUGGCCCAGGCACUGUCCCUGCCCGCAGAGUCCUAUGGAAAUGAUCCAAACGUGGAGAUGGUUUGGGCCAUGAAGGCCUAUCAGCAUGCAGAGGUGUACUUCAAUCUCAUAUCCUCCGUGGAGCCUCGGCACCUGAAACUGACGCGGAUGGACGAUGUCAUCUAUACAGCAUUCCGAGGAGACUUUCCUGAGCUCCGCAUUGAUGUUCUGGAUCCAGAAGACCUGAAAUCUCCAGCAGCCAAAGAGAAAUGGCGGCCGUUCUGCAUGAAGUUUGAGAAUGAAGUAGAAGACUUUAACUACGGGACUCUGGUAAGGAUGGACAGCAGCAGAGAGUACACGGAGGAGAACACCAUCUUCGCGACCCGGAUCCAGUUCUAUGCCAUAGAAAUAGCGCGGAACAGGGAGGGAAUCAACGACGUCGUCUUCCAGCACAGAGCGGGGAAACCGGUGCAAUGAAC